GGCGGCGGCGCCGCUGCUCCUGCCGCUGCCGCUGCUGCUGCCGCCCGCGCUAUAAGCUGCGGGCCGGCGCUCAGGGUCGCGGAGCUGCGGGUCCCGGAGAGGGCUGGGCGGCCCAGCCGGCCACAAGGACGCCGGCGCCGGGGGACACAGCAGCAUGAGGCGGAGAUUAAGGUGACAGUGUCAGGUGGAUCAACUGCCAUCCCACUGCCCCCUCUGUUGGGCAGUGCUGAGAGUGGGGAAGCAUGGAAGAGAAGAAGCAUGAGACCACGAACCAAGCUCAUGUCCUCUUUGACCGGUUUGUCCAAGCCACUACCUGCAAGGGAACCCUCAAGGCCUUUCAAGAACUCUGUGACCACCUGGAACUGAAGCCUAAAGACUACCGUUCCUUCUAUCACAAGCUCAAGUCCAAGCUUAACUACUGGAAAGCCAAAGCUCUCUGGGCAAAGUUGGACAAACGGGGCAGUCACAAAGACUAUAAAAAGGGAAAAGCAUGCACUAACACUAAGUGUCUCAUCAUUGGAGCUGGCCCCUGUGGUCUCCGCACAGCCAUUGAUUUAUCCUUAUUGGGAGCUAAGGUGGUGGUUAUUGAGAAGCGAGAUGCCUUUUCCCGCAACAAUGUCUUACAUCUCUGGCCCUUCACCAUACAUGAUCUUCGAGGUCUGGGUGCCAAGAAGUUCUAUGGCAAGUUCUGUGCUGGAGCCAUCGAUCAUAUCAGUAUACGUCAACUCCAACUAAUACUUUUGAAAGUAGCCUUGAUCCUAGGCAUCGAAAUACAUGUCAAUGUAGAAUUCCAAGGACUUGUACAGCCUCCUGAGGAUCAAGAAAACGAACGGAUAGGUUGGCGGGCACUGGUGCACCCCAAAACUCAUCCUGUAUCAGAGUAUGAAUUUGAAGUGAUCAUUGGUGGGGAUGGCCGUAGAAACACCUUGGAAGGAUUUCGCCGGAAAGAAUUUCGUGGCAAACUGGCUAUUGCCAUUACAGCAAAUUUUAUUAACCGAAAUACAACAGCAGAAGCCAAAGUGGAAGAGAUCAGUGGUGUGGCUUUCAUAUUUAACCAAAAAUUUUUCCAGGAGCUACGAGAAGCCACAGGUAUUGAUUUGGAGAACAUCGUCUACUACAAAGAUGACACGCACUAUUUCGUUAUGACAGCCAAAAAGCAGAGUUUACUGGACAAAGGGGUGAUACUGCAUGACUAUGCUGACACAGAACUCUUGCUUUCCCGGGAGAACGUGGACCAGGAGGCAUUGCUAAACUAUGCCCGGGAGGCGGCUGACUUCUCCACGCAACAGCAGCUGCCCUCUCUAGAUUUUGCCAUCAAUCAUUAUGGGCAGCCUGAUGUGGCCAUGUUUGACUUCACUUGUAUGUAUGCCUCUGAGAAUGCAGCCUUGGUACGGGAACAGAAUGGACACCAGUUAUUAGUGGCUCUGGUUGGGGACAGCCUCCUAGAGCCUUUCUGGCCCAUGGGAACAGGAAUAGCCCGGGGCUUUCUAGCUGCUAUGGACUCUGCCUGGAUGGUACGAAGUUGGUCUCUAGGAACCAGCCCCUUGGAAGUCCUGGCAGAGAGGGAAAGCAUUUAUAGGUUGCUGCCUCAAACCACCCCUGAGAAUGUGAGCAAGAACUUCAGCCAGUAUAGCAUCGACCCCGUCACUAGGUAUCCCAAUAUUAAUGUCAACUUCCUCCGGCCAAGCCAGGUGCGCCAUUUAUAUGAUACUGGAGAAACGAAAGAUAUUCAUUUGGAAAUGGAGAACCUAGUGAAUUCCCGAACUACCCCAAAGUUGACUCGCAAUGAAUCUGUAGCUCGUUCAAGCAAACUGCUAAGUUGGUGCCAAAGGCAGACAGAUGGUUAUGCAGGAGUAAACGUGACAGAUCUCACCAUGUCUUGGAAAAGUGGCCUGGCUCUAUGUGCAAUUAUCCACAGAUACCGUCCUGAUCUGAUAGAUUUUGAUUCUUUGGAUGAACAAAAUGUGGAAAAGAAUAACCAGCUGGCCUUUGAUAUUGCUGAGAAAGAACUGGGCAUCUCUCCCAUCAUGACAGGCAAAGACAUGGCCUCUGUUGGGGAGCCUGACAAGCUGUCCAUGGUGAUGUACCUGACUCAGUUCUAUGAGAUGUUUAAGGACUCACUCUCCUCUACUGACACCUUGGACUUGAAUGCUGAGGAAAAGGCAGUUCUGAUAGCCAGCACCAAAUCCCCUAUCUCCUUCCUGAGCAAACUUGGGCAGACCAUCUCUCGGAAGCGUUCUCCCAAGGAUAAAAAGGAAAAGGACUUGGAUGGAGCUGGAAAGAGGAGAAAAACUAGUCAAUCAGAGGAGGAGGAAACUCCCAGGGGCUACAGAGGAGAAAGACCAACACUGGUGAGCACCCUGACAGACAGGAGGAUGGAUGUUGCUGUUGGAAACCAGAAUAAAGUGAAGUACAUGGCAACCCAGCUUUUGGCCAAAUUCGAAGAGAAUGCGCCUGCACAGACUACUGGCAUAAGGAGACAGCCGACACAAGAGCGUGGGGUCAGCCAGCCGACCUGCUGCCUGCCUGAGCAGGGUCUCCCUGCUCCCAUCCCUCAGUGGAAACAGCGACGGGAAAAGGAACGUUCUCGGACCUGCCCAAAAAAAGUGAUCACACUUUCUCCUCCCCCUACUUCACCUGCCUGUCAGGUGCACAGUGAACAGCAGACAUACAGGGAUCUUGAUGCUGACAGCCGUGGCAAGCAGAGUCCCCGACAUGAGAGGACAGAGCCUGAACCUUCUCGUCGAUUUUUGGUUGACCAGUGGGAGCUUUCUCUUAGUCUCCGCUCCUCCAACCGCCCUGCCUCUCCCUCCUCCGACUCCCUUCGACAGAAGUAUAUAAAGAUGUACACGGGCGGAGUGAGCUCAUUGGCUGAGCAGAUAGCCAAUCAGCUUCAAAGGAAAGAGCAGCCCAAAAUCCUUCUAGACAAGAAGGAGCUGGGCUCCAUGAAGAAGGAGUUCCCACAGAAUUUGGGGGGCAGCGACACGUGCUAUUUCUGCCAGAAGCGGGUCUAUGUGAUGGAGAGACUGAGUGCUGAGGGCAAGUUCUUCCACCGGAGCUGCUUUAAAUGCGACUACUGUGCCACCACCCUGCGCCUCUCAGCCUAUGCCUAUGACAUUGAGGAUGGUAAAUUCUACUGUAAACCACACUACUGUUAUCGACUCUCUGGCUACGCACAAAGGAAGAGGCCAGCUGUGGCUCCUCUGUCUGGAAAGGAGGCCAGAGGACCCCUGCAGGAUGGCCCCACUGCAGACACAAGUGGACGGGCCAGUACCAUCACCAGCUCGGCUGAGAGAACUCCAGGUUCCAGUGUAAAUGGCCUGGAGGAACCUAGCAUUGCCAAGAGGCUGAGGGGCACUCCUGAGAGAAUCGAACUGGAGAACUACCACCGGUCUGUGAAACGGGCAGAGGAGCUGGAGGAGGUACCUGAGGAAACGCAAGCUGAGCACAACCUGAGCAGCGUACUAGACAAGGGCACCGAAGAGGACGUGGCCAGCAGCAGUUCCGAGUCGGAAAUGGAGGAAGAAGAGGAGGAGGAAGAGGAGGAGGAGCAGCUGCCCACUUCUGACCUGGGUGGUGUUCCUUGGAAGGAGGCUGUAAGGAUCCACGCUCUUCUGAAAGGGAGGAGUGAGGAAGAGUUAGAGACCUCCAAGAGCUUUGAGCCUGGGGAGGGAGAAGAGGAGGAGGAAGAGGAAUAUGAAGAAGAAGAGGAGGAAGAAUAUGACGAAGAGGAGGAGGAGUCCAGUGAAGAAGGGGAGUAUUGCCCCUGGGACAGAGAACUCCUGCAAGGCCAGUGGCUCCAGCAUCUGUCAAAGGAAGAAGAAAUGGGUACUUGUAAAGCUGGGAACCACAGGCUACAGCAGAUAAUAAAUCCAGCAGAUCCCUUGGCGAUCCAGGCUGAUGUGCACUGGACACACAUUCGUGAGAAAGAGGAGGAAGAAAGAAUGGUCCCAACCUCUGAAUCUUCCACUUCUAGAGUGCCUGGCCUUCCUUCCAUACGCCGUGCAGCAGUGCAGGCCUGGCUGGAGACGGUCUCCGGAGCCCCAUUGGAUGAGAAUGACCUGGAGGAAGAUGUGGACUCGGAGCCAGCAGAGAUAGAAGGGGAGGCAGCAGAGGAUGGGGACCCUGGGGACACUGGUGCUGAGCUGGAUGAUGAUCAGCAUUGGUCUGAUGACAUCCCAUCAGAUGCUGAAAUGGAGCUUCACUUGCGACGCCAUCCUGAAGUAGAAGCAGAGUUAGAGCUGAGGGUAAUAGAAAAUGAGGAGGAAAAGCCAUCUGCCUUACCAGUGCAACAAGAAAGAGGUCCUUCUCAAGUCUCCAGCCCCAUCCAAUCCCCUCAGGAACAAGCCAUUCUUUCUACCCCAGCACCCAGCCACAUAGCAGAGGGACCCCAAACCCCACUUGCCUCUGUUGCCACCAAGAUGAAAUCCCCUGAGGAACGCUUUUUCCCUGACCCUCUGCUCCCCAAAGAGAAGCCCAAAGCUGAAGCUCCCCCGGAUCAGAAGACUGCACCCCCUCCCAUCCGGUCGCAGCCUGUAUCUCUGCCAGAACCAAGGACACCUACCUCACCUGUGAGCUCACAGUUUGUGGCUCAGGUGGCCCCUGCUGCAUCCCCUUCCACCCAGCUCCCUAUUUGCUCCCAGCCUCAGCCUUCCUCAGAGGCCACCAUCCCAUCCCCCACUGAGUCCCCCAUACGCUUCCAGCCUGUUCCAGCCAAAGCUUCUACCCCUCUGGUCCCCUUACCUGUGAAGAGCCAAGCUGAUCCCAAGAACAGACUGGACAGCCCUCUUGCUGUGGAUGAAGCCCUGAAACGGAGUGACCUGGUGGAGGAGUUUUGGAUGAAAAGCGCUGAGAUCCGCCGCAGUCUGGGACUCACACCUGUAGAGCGAAAGAAGGGGCCUGAGCCCAGCUUCCCCUCACCUGCCUUCAAGCCAGUAUCCCUAAAAUCCUUUUCAGUUGAGAAGUCCCCUCAGGAUGAAGGACUUCAUCUUCUGAAACCUCCAUCUGUUCCUAAAAGGCUGGGCUUGCCAAAGUCAGAUGGUGAGCAGCCUUCCCUGCUGACUCCCAAAUCUCCAUCUGACAGAGAGCUGAGAAGCUCCCAUGAAGAGCGGAGGGAUCUGUCCAGCAGCUCUGGCCUGGGCCUUCAUGGGAGCUCCUCAAACAUGAAGACCUUGGGCAGCCAGAGCUUCAACACCUCAGACUCCACCAUGCUCACCCCACCUUCAAGCCCACCACCACCCCCACCCCCAGAUGAGGAGCCCGCCACCCUCCAGAGAAAGCCCUAUCAGAUAUUUGAGCAUAAAGAAACUGAGCCAAAAUCCUCCAUUAUCCCACCUCCUCCACCUGCCACAUUUAUGAGGCCCCCACGAGAGCCUGCCCAACCCCCCAGGGAGGAAGUGCGGAAGUCAUUUGUAGAGAGUGUGGAUGAAAUCCCCUUUGCUGAUGAUGUGGAGGACACCUAUGAUGACAAAACUGAGGACUCAAGUCUGCAGGAAAAGUUCUUCACACCCCCUUCCUGCUGGACCCGCCCAGAGAAGGCCCUCCACCCACCCCUGGCCAAAGAGAAUGGACGGCUGCCUUCUCUGGAGGGUAGUGCCCAGCUGCAGAAGAGGGGACUGCCCUUGGUCUCUCCUGAAGCUAAGGAGCUGGCUGAGGAACGCAUGCGAGCCCGGGAGAAGUCUGUGAAGAGCCAGGCACUGAGAGACGCCAUGGCCAAGCAGCUGAGUAGGAUGCAGGAGAUGGAGAUGGCAGCUGGGGCCUCCAGGUCCCGCAAGGCUUCCUCAGCACCCUCCCAGAGCAAACAACUUUUGACAGAGUCCUCCAAACCCCCAGGUCUCAAAGGCUCUGAGGAGCCCACUCUGAAGCAUGAAGCCACUAGUGAGGAGGUCCUCUCCCCUCCAUCAGACUCAGGGGGCCCAGAUGGUUCUGUCACCUCUUCUGAGGGCUCCAGUGGGAAGAGCAAGAAGAGGUCAUCCCUCUUCUCCCCCCACAGAAACAAGAAAGAGAAGAAGUCCAAAGGGGAGGGCCGACCCACAGAGAAACCCAGCUCACGCCUUCCAGAGGAAGCAGCCACCAAACCCAAGUCCUUGUGGAAGUCAGUCUUUUCUGGGUACAAGAAGGACAAGAAGAAAAAGGGCGACGAGAAGUCCUCCUCCAGCACCCCAUCCAGCAGAGCUACUGUGGACUCUGGCAAGCACAGGAUGUCUCCUAUUGUAAGAGCAGAGCUGCAGCUCCGGCGCCAGCUGAGUUUCUCGGAGGACUCAGACCUCUCCAGUGAUGACAUCCUUGAGAGGUCCUCCCAGAAGUCCAGGAGAGAGCCAAGAACCUACACAGAAGAAGAGCUGAAUGCCAAGCUGACCCGGCGUGUGCAGAAGGCAGCUCGGAGACAGGCCAAGCAAGAGGAGCUCAAGCGGCUCCACCGAGCCCAGAUCAUCCAACGGCAGCUGGAGCAGGUGGAAGAAAAGCAGAGGCAGCUGGAAGAGAGAGGGGUUGCAGUGGAGAAGGCACUCCGAGGUGAAGCAGUUGAGCCCAGUGGCGGGACUCCACGGCGUAGACCUCUCUCCUUCUGCCCUUGCUGUGUCCAGGAAGGCAUGGGCAAGAAGGAUGACCCUAAGCUGAUGCAAGAGUGGUUCAAACUGGUGCAAGAAAAAAAUGCCAUGGUGCGCUAUGAGUCGGAGCUGAUGAUUUUUGCCCGAGAGUUAGAGCUGGAAGAUCGGCAGAGCCGACUACAGCAGGAACUGCGGGAGCGGAUGGCAGUGGAAGAUCACCUGAAGACCGAGGAGGAGUUGUCAGAAGAGAAGAAGAUCCUGAACGAGAUGUUGGAAGUUGUAGAGCAGAGAGACUCUCUAGUGGCCCUGCUGGAAGAGCAGCGGCUCCGGGAAAAAGAGGAGGACAAGGACCUGGAGGCGGCCAUGCUGUCAAAGGGUUUCAGCCUGAACUGGUCCUGAGUUUGUGCCCAUUACACUGCUUGGAAUGUCAGCAUCCACCUGGCUAUGUUCUCCCAAACCACCUGGAUCUAAGGUCCAAGGAAGCCUGGCACUUCCUGGGAGUUUGCAUUCAGCCACCCACAUGCUCAUGUGCUAUGGUGAAACCCCAGGUGAUGAUGAUUAUCUGAGAUGACUCCGCCUCCUGAGAAGAGGCCCACCUGGACUUCCCACUUAAGAAAGAGGAGCAGAGCAAGAGAUGUAUGGUGCAGUGGGGAACCCCGCACGGUCCCUGAGGACCUGUUGCCUGGUGCCCCUUCCUUCCGCCAGCAUGUUUGGUAAGAGAAGGGAGCUGCUCCUUCUCUUCAAAGACACCGCCACUACAGAGAGCACCCCGCAGAACAGGGAAGCUGCCUUCUUCAUGCUCCCUGAAGCACCACCAAAGAAAGAAAAAAAACACCCCACAAGCAAGAUGUGGAUAGAGUAUGGGAGAGGGGCAAUGACCGGUCAGGGCAGUGACCACCCCAGCAUUGCAGGGGAAGCUGAGGGAUAGGCAGGCUCUGAGUUCAUUAUGCAAAUUAUGAGGAUGCAAGAGGGGUCUGUCCCCAGCCCCCACACAACACACUGGACUCCGAGUGGCCAAAUGCCCCAGGCCUCUCUCUGGCUGAGGCCCGAAGCCCAUGGAUUGCUGCAUUUUGCUUUUAGUUCACAACCAUUUUGACACUGGAAAGUACUAACUUUGGGGACAGGGGGACCCUACACAUCAAGCCCCCCAUUGACAGACAGGCAUUGUCACAAUUCAGCGCUUCACAGUGGGGCAAGAGAUUCCCUUCUUCCUUGGUGUUUUUUCCUGUGUUUGCACAUUGAAAUGAAGCUKAGGACCUGGCAAGAUGCUCAGCCACUUCCGAUCUUUUUUGUCAAUUAACUUAUUUUUUUAAUACUUGAAAAGAAGCAACUUCAUUUUUAUAUCUUUACUAGAGACACUGAUCACCUGGCACCUAUGUGUAGGGAUAACAGAGGUCUGCUAAGUCCUACACAGCCUGAUUCAAAACUGACUGAACGCUUGUUAUAUGCAUCUAUUUAUUAGCCUUCUUCGUAGUGUUACUGAUCUGGUUGGCAUCAGGGAGCAGCUUGAGACCCUCUGGGUCCUUGCUCACAGCUUUUCUGUCCCCCUGUAACUGUGUCCAGCCCUCUCCUCCUCCACCGGCACCCUGCUCUUGCUGUGGCACUGGACUUUAACAUCAGAACCAUUAAUUUGUCAAGGAUACAUUUCAGCACUGUCAGCAGCCAUGCUGAAAGGCAAAGAUGUCUCUCACUGUUGGAAUGUUGGCUCUGUAGGACCCAUUGUUUUCUCAACCUUGGUACCAGGGUUUACGGCCCUCCACGCAUAUGUUAAAGAAGAUUUGGGGAUAAGCCCUCUUCUAGCUGGCUGAGAGGGUGUGAGUGGCUCCUGUGAUCUGUCUGGCUGAUAGGAAUUCCCUCAGCCUAGCUGAAGGUCCAGCCAGACAGGAAAACAUGUGCUGCUGCCAGUAUCAACAUUUAGGCUGGUCUCUCACAGACAGGCAACUGCAGCCCUGUCUUCCCUCCCCUGAAUUAGAAUCUUCUUGAGGUGGUAAGGGCUAAUAAGUACCAUGUAACUAGCUCUACAAGUCAAACUGUUCAUUUUUCAUGGUUCAACCAGAGAACGGGUGUAUACAGUUCAUCAAGCCACUGACUAAGAAGGUCAAGGGCUGGGGAGUGCUUGCCUAUCAAAAGAAUUAGCACAUGGUCAUCCUAGGGAUGAUUCCAUCAGUGCCAGGCCAGUCUCUGAUUCCUUGUGGGAAGGGCCGGUGUAGAAUGAAUAGGCCUGGCAAUUCUUCAGAUGUCCGUGGGGCAGGACAGGCCAAGGGUCCAUACUGACCUUGGACUUCCCAUGGGAACCACACUGUGCCUCAACUCGAACAUUCAUUCUAACUACAAUGGAACAAAGAAUCUGUCCUAUUCUUCAGUUUCUCUAAAAGCUGCCAUCUUUCUCCUGUGGAAAUCCAGAUGUGCUGCUAGCAACCAUCACAACUCUGACUUCUUCACUUCCUGGUUUCUAGUGAGGCAACAUCUCCAUUUUUAUUCUCUGUUCCUAAAAGUGGGGAGGAGGGUGUUCUAGAUUCCAUCUUCACACCCCAAUCUUCCAGUAAAAUUGGACUUGGGACAGGACUGUCAUUGCCUUUGUGGCCUUUUACUAACCCUCUCUCUUGAAUGCCACCACAACAGUCAAGCCCCAGCAGAGCUGCCUCUGUCCCUGUCACUCCUGCUAAGCCCAGAAGUAGGAAUUGGUUUCCAAAGUGACUCAAAAGGGAUGUGGCAGUAGAGCUGUGCUUCAAAUUGCCUCGUGCAGCAGGAACACCAGGUUCUCUUUUGCCUCUUGCUGCUGCCCAGUCCCAGCCAACUUUGGCAUCACUUCAUCCUUCAAAGCACAUGCUGCUCCUAUUGUCACUCAAAAGGGGGCUAAAGAUGGCAGAGAAGCCUCAACCAGCCUGUAAGAUGCCCCCCAGUUUUCUAUUCCUGACAGUGUUAAGGCUUCAGGUUCUCAUAGAGCACUUUAAAAAAUAAAAAUUUAAAAAUUUUUUAAAAAGCUCCCAGUUUGUAACCACUAGUUUGCAGUUGAUUUUAGUGAUCUGGUGACUUGCUACAUGAAAUGUUUUCCACUCUGGAAAUGCAUGCAGCUCCAAGCAGAUUUUCUUCCCAAGAAUUAAGUCUUCCCUUGAAGGCAGGGAAGCAGGGUAUAUAUACAUGCAGACACACACAAAAUGUCGGAGUUUAUUUGAAUAAACCUAUACAAGUUUAUGUAUAGUUGGGGAUCCAUGUUCAGCAUCCCUGGUGGGCAGAAGACGGCCCCUAACUCCCAAGUUUGAGGCUGGCCAGCAGCUGUGUGUGGGAUUCCAACCCCGUUAAUGUCUUUGGACCUUUGCCCCCAGCAGCCACUCUAAAACUGAUUUUGACCAGCAAUGAUAGACUAUUCUUAACACUUUCAAAAGAGAAGAAUUUUUUCAAUGGAACAGAAAGGAGGAAAGAGUUAAAACAAAUUUACAAGUUGAGGGUGUAGCUCA